CGUUCUUCUCCGACCACCCGCCUCGCCGGCCGCCACCUUCCCAGUUACCGCCCCGCAGGCCGCCACCCACCGCUUCCGCCUUCCCAUUUACCACCCCGCCGCCGCAGCAAGACCGCCACAUACCUCUCCGGCCAAUACAUGCUUCAGAGAUGCCACUUACUCCGACCUGUUUCCUCCCCCCUCCUCCGCCGCCGCCCCAUCCACUCCUCCGCUCCGCCCCAAGCCAACGGCGAGGUCGGCGCCGCGACCGACACCACUCUGCUGGGCCGUCUCACUCGCCUCCUCCUCCUCCACCGCUUCCCCGCCGUCUCCCGCCUCCUCUCCUCCUCCCCGCUCACACACGCACUCCUCCACGCGGCCCUCCGCCGCGUCCGCCUCGACCCGGACGCCGCCCUCCACCUCUUCCGCCUUGCUCCGUACCGCCCCUCCCUCCUCGCUCACGCCCAGCUACUCCACAUCCUCGCCCACGCCCGCCGCCUGCCCGCCGCGCGCGCCCUCGUCGCCUCGCUCCUCUCCGCCCGCUCCAGCUCGGCAGCCCCGUCCCUCUUCCCCCACCUCACCGAGGUGUACAAAGACUUCUCUUUCUCAGCCGCCUCCUUCGACCUGCUCCUCCGAGCCCACGCAGACGCUGGCCAGCUCACCGACGCCCUCCACGUGUUCGAUGAAAUGGGGAGGUUUGGGUGCCGUCGCACCCUGCGAUCCUGCAACCGCCUGCUCAACCAGCUUGUACAGGCUGGGGAUGUGGGCACUGCGGUGGCUGUGUUUGAGCAGAUGCGGUGUGAUGGCACACUGCCGGACGAGUUCACGGUGGCCAUCAUGGCAAAGGCGUACUGCAGGGAUGGGAGGGUGACACAGGCAGUGGAUUUCGUGCAGGACAUGGAGAGGAUGGGUGUGGAGGUGAACCUGGUGGCAUAUCAUGCGCUGAUGGAUGGGUAUUGCGGAGUAGGACAGAUUGAGGCUGCGAGAAGGGUUUUGCUGUCACUGGAGUCUAAGGGCCUGUCACCGAAUGUGGUUACAUAUACCUUACUUGUAAAGGGUUACUGUAAGGAGGGGAGGGUGGAGGAGGCUGAGAGGGUGGUUAGGGAUAUGAAAGAAAAUGAGAAGAUCGUGGUUGACGAGGUAGCCUAUGGUGCAGUGAUCAAUGGCUAUUGCCAAAGGGGAAGAAUGGAAGAUGCCAACAGGGUAAGAGCCGAGAUGAUUGAUGUCGGACUGCAGGUUAAUUUGUUUGUGUACAACACACUGAUCAAUGGAUAUUGCAAGUUGGGGAGGAUGGUUGAAGUAGAGAAACUUUUACAGGAAAUGGAGGAUAGAGGGGUGAGUCUGGAUAAAUACAGUUACAAUACUCUAGUAGAUGGGUAUUGCAGACAGGGUUCCAUGAAAAAGGCAUUUGAAACCUGUGAUAUGAUGGUAAGGAAUGGGUUCGCAGGGACAACACUUACUUAUAAUAUGCUGUUGAAUGGUUUUUGUUCGUGUGGUGCUAUUGAUGAUGCACUUAAAUUGUGGUUCUUGAUGUUGAAGAGGGGAGUAGUGCCUAAUGAAAUUAGCUGUAGCACACUGCUGGAUGGUUUCUUCAAGGCAGGUAAAACCGAGAAGGCCUUGAACCUUUGGAAGGAAACCUUAGCAAGGGGUUUGGGAAGAAACGUGGUUACAAUUAACACAGUUAUCAAUGGGCUGUGUAAGAUUAGGAGGAUGGUUGAAGCAGAGGAGCUAUUUGGUAGGAUGACGGAAUGGAGAUGUCCUGCUGACAGCUUGACUUACAGAACACUAAUUGAUGGUUACUGUAAAAUAGGUGACCUGGAUAGAGCUACUCAAAUUCGGGUUGACAUGGAACAUUUAGGCUUUGCUCCUUCAGUUGAAAUGUUCAAUUCUUUCAUAACCGGAUUCUUUGUAGCUAAGCAAAGUGGCAAGGUCAAUGAUAUCGUUGUUGAAAUGACUGCAAAGGGACUUUCUCCUAAUACAGUCACUUAUGGAGCCCUGAUAGCUGGAUGGUGUAAAGAGGGCAAUCUGCAUGAUGCCUAUAAUUUAUAUUUUGAAAUGGUCGAGAAAGGUCUGGCUCCAAAUCUCUUCAUCUGCAGUGCUUUAGUGAGCUGUUUCUAUAGACAGGGAAAGGUUGAUGAGGCAAAUUUGGUGUUGCAAGAACUUGUGGGUACUGACAUGAUUCCAGACUGCAGUGCAAACACGCUUGAUAUUGGUAAAGUAGCACAUGUCAUUGAAUCUGUUGCUGGUGGAAAUCAUCAGUCUGCAAAAAUUAUGUGGAACAUUGUUAUUUUUGGGCUGUGCAAAUUGGGUAGAGUAUCAGAUGCUAGAAAUUUGUUUGAGGAUCUGAAAGUAAAGGGAUUCGUUCCUGAUAACUACACUUAUUCUAGCCUCAUUCAUGGUUGCUCUGCCUCAGGUUUUGUCAAUGUAGCUUUUGGCCUGAGGGAUGCGAUGUUGGGCGUCGGUCUUACUCCAAAUAUUGUAACAUACAAUUCUCUCAUCUAUGGCCUCUGCCAGUCUGGGAAUGUUCAAAGGGCAGUUAGUCUUUUCAGUAAGUUGCAAUCAAAGGGUAUGUCCCCUAAUGCUAUCACCUAUAAUACCCUGAUUGAUGGACAUUGCAAGGAUGGUAAUAUAACUGAAGCCUUCAAGUUAAAACAAAAGAUGAUCGAGCAAGGUAUUCGGCCUAAUGUAUUCACCUAUUCUAUACUGAUCCAUGGUCUCUGUACUCAAGGGUAUAUGGAAGAAGCAAUCAAGCUUCUGGAUCAAAUGAUUGAGAAUAAUGUGGAUCCAAAUUAUGUUACAUAUUGGACACUGAUUCAAGGUUAUGUUCGGUGUGGUAAUAUGAAAGAGAUCUCCAAGCUUUACAAUGAGAUGCAUAUCCGUGGACUUCUGCCUGCCAAUGGUACUGGACAUGUAAAACAUGCAGAUCCUGUUGUAAUUUGUAAACAGCCAGAAUGUAAAUAUGGACAGUGCUAACUUUUUGUUUGUGUAUAUAUACUUUUCAUUACUUGGAAGAUGUUGGUCAGUUAUGGCUUGCAUGAGAAAGCAAAUCACAAGGCUCCACCUCAACUUUUCAAUGAAUCGAUAAGUCACUGUCUCGAGAGGUUUUAAAGGUGGUGGAUAUCAUGCAAACUUCUCCAGUCAAGAAGAGGAUGAAGGCACACUUUUUUGUAUCAUCAUUCAGAGCUUCAAAGUGGCACUCUUGGGUGAUAGUCUUUCAUAUAGAUGAAAGGUAGAAUAUAAAUUAUUUUGUUGGGUUUAAGUGUUCUUUUCACGUUCACAAGUGUAUUUGGAUGUGCCUUUGAGUUGUUGUCUAUUUAAUCAACAAACCAGGUGUUAUUGUUGUUUGUAUCUGCACCGUAGGAUUGCUAGGAAUAUGAGGAUCCAAAACUCGUUAGAUAGUAUUAAUGAUUUUGUUAGUUCUACCAGUCGAUGCUGAGUUGCUGACCUUCAAAUAUGUUAUUCAUGGCUUGUCUACUUAUGCUAUUGUUAGAAAAAAUGGAUAACCUGGGGCAUGUUUUAUUUUAUCUCUCUAACAACAAUUGCUUUGGUGAAGAAAUUUUCAAUGCAUAUAGGUAACAUGCCAUGUACGGUGUACCCUUCUUGCUCUUUAUCUGGCUUUUCAAGGUGCCAAAUAUCACAUUUGUGGCACAUGUUUUCUGUCUUUUGUAGGUGCAAAUAGUUCAAUAGAUAAAUCAUGGUCAAGAAGUGUAUGUCUUAGAUUAUAGAGCCUCCAUUAUAUGCUGCACAUAAUCCUGAUUUAUGGUCAAGUGCACUAAAAUUAAAUGAACAUCAUGCAAUGCUCUUCAUUCCGCUCACCAUAGCAUGAGCAUAACAUGUAGAACUAUGCCUUAAGAACAAUACUACAUAAGCAAUCAUAAUGCAGGAAUAAAAUAUAUUCUCCAUCACAUUUGUUCACCAUGGUUAGGUGGUCAUAUAUAGCCAAGAAUCAAGCAAUGGUCCCAGCACAAUACAAACAAAGAAUUUGAUAUUAUUUACAAAUAACGAAAUGCUAUCAAAAACUCAAACCUCCACCCUCUACAAUUUUAUAAUGCACUAAUGCAGCACAUCCAUGCAUGUGAGCAAGACCUUUUCGAAUAGCCUCCUGGUAAAUUCUUGAGCAGAUAUGCACUUCGCUUAAACUUACAACUUUCCUCGUGCUUUGUCAUCAUUAACCUUAAUACCAUUUUUUCUCACAAGUGCUCAGACGAGAUAACAGGGAAGAGGUUCAUUUGUUUUGGUACCACACAAAAACUCCGCCUUUUGAGAUCAAUUCUAAUUAAAAAAAUCUCAAAGAAUUUCAAUGCAGCUAACAUUGAUCUCAUUGGCUUCCCUUGUACCUCAGACAGUUAACAGAGCUUCCUGGCGUCAUCGGAGGUGGCCUCAUCGAAGAUGACAGUCAGUUUCUUGCAGAUAAGGUGCUUUUCCUUUGUAAGGAUGUCGGCCUGCAUCGCCGCUGGCUUGCUGGCGAUGUGCGUGCUCUGGUGGACGGAGCCUAGGGAGACACGAAUCUUAUGUC